UGUGGUAACACAGUUGCGGAUUCCAUGUCUUUUCUUGUAAGUAAACCCGAACGGAUUAGGCGUUGGGUGUCCGAGAAGUUCAUUGUUGAGGGCCUGAGAGAGUUGGAGCUGUUUGGAGAGCAGCCUCCGGGUGACUCUCGGAGAAAAACAAAUGAGGCGAGCUCCGAGUCGAUAGCGUCUUCCCCUAAAAGGGACACCAUGAGCAACUUCCUUCCAGACAGCAGCUGCUAUGAGUUGCUCACCAUCAUAGGCAGAGGCUUUGAAGACCUGAUGGUUGUGAACCUGGCGAGGUACAAACCCACGGGAGAGUAUGUGACAGUGAGGAGAGUGAACCUGGAGGCCUGCACGAACGAGAUGGUCACGUUCCUGCAGGGGGAACUUCAUGUGUCCAAGCUCUUCAACCACCCCAACAUUGUGCCAUACAAAGCAACUUUCAUAGCCGACAAUGAGCUGUGGGUAGUGACAUCUUUCAUGGCCUAUGGUUCUGCAAAAGAUCUGAUCUGUACCCAUUUCAUGGAUGGGAUGAGUGAACUGGCGAUCGCUUAUAUCCUCCGAGGGGUUCUGAAGGCACUCGACUACAUCCACCAUAUGGGCUAUGUACACAGGAGUGUUAAAGCUAGCCACAUCCUGAUCUCUGUGGAUGGGAAGGUGUACCUCUCUGGCCUGAGGAGCAACCUGAGUAUGAUCAACCACGGGCAGCGACUCAAAGUGGUUCAUGACUUCCCCAAGUACAGCAUCAAAGUGCUGCCGUGGCUCAGCCCCGAGGUCUUGCAGCAGAAUCUCCAGGGAUACGAUGCAAAGUCUGACAUUUACAGCGUGGGGAUAACAGCCUGUGAGCUGGCAAAUGGGCAUGUCCCAUUUAAAGACAUGCCUUCUACUCAGAUGCUGUUGGAAAAGCUGAAUGGCACAGUUCCCUGCCUGCUGGACACCACCACGAUUCCUGCAGACGAGCUGACCAUGAAGACCUCCCGUUCCAGUGCUAAUUAUGGGAUGGGGGAGGGCACAGCCAUCAGCAACGCGCGGGCGGCCAACGGGGAGCCAGCCCUGCACCCCUAUCUCCGCACCUUCUCCACCUACUUCCACAACUUCGUGGAGCAGUGUCUCCAAAGGAACCCUGACUUCAGGCCGAGCGCAGGCACUCUGCUCAGUCACCCCUUCUUCAAGCAGAUCAAGCGCCGCGCGUCCGAAGCACUCCCGGAGCUCCUGCGCCCCGUCACCCCCAUCACCAGCUUCGAAGGAACGCGGCCCCAGGACCCCAGUGGCAUCUUUGGGCUGGUGUCCAAUCUAGAGCAGCUGGAUGUGGAUGACUGGGAAUUCUAG